CGGCGGCGGUGGUCUGGGAGAAAGAAACCUGGCGGCGGGGAGAGAGUCCUGCCGGGAGGCACGAGUGGGGAGCUAGCUGCCCCGCCUCCCCGCACCUGCCUUAGCGGGGAAGGGAGCGGCGGGGAGCGUCCGGGAGCCGGGGAAGGAGCCAACCUGCGGAGAUGGAGGCGGCCGGCACCUGGGCGCUGCUGCUGCUGCUGCUGCUGCUGCUGCUGCUGCUGCUGCCGCUGGCGCUGCCCGCGACCCGGACCCGAGGUCGCCUGCCCCCCGGCCCCGCGCCGCUGCCGCUGCUGGGGAACCUCCUGCAGCUCCGGCCUGGGGCGCUGUACGUGGGGCUCUUGCGGCUGAGUAAGAAGUACGGACCGGUGUUCACCGUGCACCUGGGACCCUGGCGGCGCGUGGUGGUCCUGGUUGGGCACGAGGCUGUGCAGGAGGCCCUGGGAGGUCAGGCGGAGGAGUUCAGUGGGCGGGGGAUGUUGGCAACCCUGGACCCCACCUUUGACGGCCAUGGGGUUCUCUUCUCCAAUGGGGAGCGGUGGAGGCAGCUGAGGAGAUUCACCCUGCUUGCUCUGCGGGACCUGGGCAUGGGGAAGCGAGAAGGCGAGGAGCUGAUCCGGGCUGAGGCCCGGUGUGUGGUGGAGGCCUUCCAGGCAACAGCAGGACAGCCAUUUGACCCCUCCCUGCUGCUGGCCCAGGCCACCUCCAACAUUGUCUGCUCCCUCACUGUGGGCCGCCGAUUCCCCUACGAGGAUAAGGAGUUCCAGGCUGUGGUCCAGGCUGCUGGAGGCAUCCUGCUGGGGAUCAGCUCCCCUUGGGGCCAGACCUAUGAGAUGUUCUCCUGGCUCCUGCAGCGCCUCCCAGGCUCCCAGACCCAGCUCCUCGGCCAUGUGGGCACCCUGGCCGCCUUCGCCGUUGAGCAGGUGCAGCGGCACCAGGGGAGCCUGGACCCCUCGGGCCCUGCACGCGACGUUGUGGAUGCCUUCCUGCUGAAGAUGGCAAAGGAGGAACGUGAUCCAAACACAGAAUUCACUGACAAGAACAUGUUGAUGACCGUAAUCUAUCUGCUGUUCGCGGGGACGGUGACCAUCAGCACCACGGUCCGCUACACCCUCCUGCUCCUGCUGAAAUACCCUCAGGUCCAAGAGCGCGUGCACGAGGAACUGACAAGGGAGCUGGGUGCUGGCCGGGCGCCAGGCCUGGGGGACCGAGCUCGCCUCCCAUACACGGACGCGGUUCUGCAUGAGGCGCAGCGGCUGCUGGCACUGGUGCCCAUGGGGAUACCCCGAGCCCUCACGAGGACCACCUCCUUCCGAGGGUACACCCUGCCCCAGGGCACUGAGGUCUUCCCACUCCUGGGCUCUGUCCUGCAUGACCCCGAAGUCUUCACGCAGCCAGAGGAGUUCAACCCAGGCCGAUUUCUGGAUGCAGAUGGAAGGUUCAAGAAGCAGGAGGCAUUCCUGCCCUUCUCCUUAGGGAAGCGCGUCUGCCCUGGGGAGGGCCUGGUUCGAGCAGAGCUGUUCCUUCUCGUCACCGCCAUCCUGCAGGCCUUCUCCCUGGAGAGCCCGUGCCCAGUGGGCGCCCUGAGUCUCCAGCCAGCUGUCAGUGGCCUGUUCAACGUCCCUCCAGCCUUCCAGCUGCAAGUUCGGCCCCGCUGACCUCCAUCCCACCCCAUCGUGUGGAACAAAUGAAGGAGAGGGUAUGGGGAGGUAGCAGCCUCGACCUUGGGCCUGGACGUGACUGUGUCCAGAGCCUUGUCUACACCACGGGAACCCACACUCACACACCUGGAGUUGUUUUUUGAGAGUCAGUCACACAGAUACGCGUCCACAGGGCCACACUCACUGAACCGCACACCCAGACACAACCACGAGGCCACUCAGCCACACAAGCUUUCUAUAGACCUAAACUCAGUCUUUCUGGAGUCAUAGCCACAUGCCCAGAUAACCCACCAGCGUGCAUACAACGUAAGUCCCCUGGACUCACAGCCCAUGUGUGGGCGUUCAGCUGCCACCAAAACCGCCACCGUGUUCUCGGCCCACAGGCCCUCUUCACUCCUCACACUUAACAGGUCCACCGUCUGUAGGAGCCUGGAGCAGGGAGUAUGCACCUUCCUGGGUCAUGUCACCUCGCAGAGAGACUGUCCUCAGCCCUCCAGCGACCACACCUUAUGCAGGCACGUGACUCACCAGCCACGCGCUCCCAACCACUGGGCAACACAGCCAGCUCAUACCUGGCCUCGUCCUGACCCCCAGAUAUCUUCCUGCUGAGAGAGUCACCCCCUGGCCUUCGCACCUUCAGCCUUCAAGGACCCUUUCCAAGCACCCUGGUCCCCAAAUUCUCCCAAAUACGAACCUACCCCCAUUGUGCCGUUAAGCACACAGAGCUGGAACCAAGUAAACUAGGACGCAUGGGGACCCUCGGACCAGAUUGUCUAACCAUGUUGAAAGGCUCUCCUCAACACACACUGACCCACCGUCCCUACUCCAAGUCCCAUGUAGAAACGGGGGAAGGGGCUAGAGGAACAAGUGGGGGACAGAUUCCAACUCCCAGUGUCAGGGAAGAGACCAGAUCUGCUGGCCUUGUGACUCGAAGGUCCCUGUUUUGUAAUAAAAGUUUGUUUCUGGCCUGUGGGCCAGCCCCGUG